AUGAAGUCGCGUUUCGUAAGGGUAUCAGCGCCCGAAGCGGAUCCCGAACCGCCGCCUGAGCCAAUACCGUUUCCCAUCAAGAUUGUCGCCGAGCCCGUCCCUUCCCCGGCUCCAGCAGCUGCCUCGGAUCUCCCGGCGAGCUCUGCUGCCAAACCGGUGGAUGGUUUCUAUCGCGCGUGGGAGAAGUUCCUCGCCGUAGAGCCAGAGAGGGCAAAAGCUACCUGCAGAGCCGCUAGAAAGGUCGAGCAGGAACGGGAACAAGUUGGACGGACUCCCGGAGAUGGGUUACAGAUUGAAGAAAAUGCAGCGAGGUCGUGGCAACAAGCCGCCGAAGAGUGCCGAGCCAAGGUGAAGGCCAUUGUCGAUGAGUGUCAACGUCUAAACCAAAAAUAUCGAGAUGCUAUCUUUGAUCUGGAGGCGAACGAGUAUUGCUUGCAAGCAUUGGGCGGGAGAUAGUAAGUCGUCUGGAAAGGUCAGAGACAUGAGUUGCUAAUAUUCUCUACCUUUAGUCCUAAAGCAGUCGGUACGAAGCUCCACGCAAUUGCUCUCUCACGACUCACUAACCCAACAUAGACAACAUCGACGCACCACCGUGGAUCAAGCGAGUUGAAGACAUCUUCGAUGACCCACAAUUCUUCAUCGACGGAGCAAGCGCAACCGACGUCCAUCAGGGAUCUGGCGGCGACUGCUGGUUCCUCGCAAGUCUUAUGGCCGUCAGUGCCAAGAAAGAACUCAUCGAACAGCUUUGCGUCGCUCGAGACGAGAAAGUCGGCGUCUACGGUUUCGUCUUCUUCCGCGAUGGCGAGUGGGUGCACGAGGUCAUUGACGAUAAGUUGUUCCUGAGGGUGGGCGAUGAUGAUGAACUUGACGUCGUACGUGGUUGGGAUAGGGACGAGAAAGAUGGCUUGGCGUUGAAGUACGAUGAAGACAAGCUCAAAGAUGCGCUGCAAAGAGGUGGUACUGCUUUGUACUUUUCGCAUUGCAAGUCAAAUGAGACGUGGCUGCCGCUGAUCGAGAAGGCGUAUGCCAAAGCUCAUGGUGACUAUUUCGCUAUCGAGGUGAGAUGCUUCCUACACCUUCGACGUCGGUGCCGUCAUUGAUGUUUGGUAGGGGGGCUUUGCUUCGGAAGGCAUCGAAGACUUGACAGGCGGCGUCGCUGUCGUCAUCAACCCGGAAGACAUCAUGGACAAGGAUCGGUUCUGGAAGGAACAGCUCUCUCAAGUUAACGAAAAGUAUCUCUUCGGCGGUGGCUCAAGACAGAACGGCUCUAAAGGCUUCGUUGGUGGACACGCCUAUGCAGUUCUUGAAGCUUGGGAGGAAGGAGGCCUGAAACUGCUCAAGUUGAGAAAUCCUUGGGGCGAGACCGAAUGGGAAGGAGAUUGGAGCGACGGUUCCAAACUCUGGACCGCCGACAUGAUGACCAAAUUGAAGCGUAUGUUUGCUCCCUUCCACAUAUCCCACACACUCGGGAAGAAAUAACUCUUCGCUAUGCGAAGGUGCCCGACUAGGCAUCUGCUAACCUCGGAGUAGAUACAUUUGGUGACGACGGCGUCUUCUGGAUCUCCUUUGCGGACUUUCUGAAGCACUUCCCCAGCAUCAAUCGCGUUCGACUGUUCGAUGAGAACUGGAAAGUCGGCCAGCAAUGGACCUGUGUGUCUGUGCCCUGGACGGUGGAUUACCUCGAUACAAAGUUUCAGUUCACCAUCUCAGAGCAAGGUCCAGUGGUUCUCGUGCUCGCCCAACCCGAUGACAGGUACUUCUACGGGCUUCGAGGACGAUAUCUAUUCAGCAUGCACUUCCGGGUAUAUCGGCAGGGAGAGGAGUCUCGCUGGAUUGUGCGAUCCAUGCACAACUCUGGCAAUGAGACGGUGUUUACGAGGUCCGUGUCCGCCGAAAUCGAGGACCUGGAGCCAGGAACCUACGACGUCGUCUUCAAAGUCACUGCCAUUCGAUCCAAUUCAUCUCUGACAGCCGAAGAAGCCGUUCUCAAAUACGCCACAGAUCGGAAAGAAAAGUUACUACACGUUGGAAGGCGCUUCGAUUAUGCUCAUACCAAAGGCGACUUGAGAGGUAUGGAGCAGAAAGUCAAGGAACAGAAGAGACGGAAGAGAAAAGACAAAGAAAAGUCGAUGUGGAAGAAAGAACGCAAGUUGAGGCAGCGGGAAAAGGAGCGGGCUAGGAAGCGGAAACAGCGCGUGGAUAAUGCCAUGCGAGAACAGCGAAAAGGUUUUGAGAAGAAGCAGAGGGAAAAGAUGAGGGCGAGAAAAGGACGUGCUGCUGCGACUGGGGAGACGGAAUCUGUGGAUGCUCAGGCUGGUGGGACAGAGACGGAGAACAGUGAUAAGGGCGUGAGUGUCACGCCGCUUUCCAGCACGGAAGAGCCUGUCAAAGUCCAUGAGCAGAUGGCCGAUGGUGACACAGAUGGCUCGAGCAAGACUGAGAUAAGGGAAGCGGAUACUGGAAUUGGCGCUGAACAGGCCAAAGACAAGACGGAAGACUUGUCGAAACAGCUCUCGCGACUGGAUAUUCAACCCUCCCAAAGCGACAGGGCCAAUCCCAGCCGUCCUUCACCUCUCGUGGAAGAAGAGGACGACGAGGAUGACUACGAUUCUCCCAUCGAACCACCUGAGGAACUAUCCGAUAACGACUUUGAUUGGGACUCAGAGAUGUAA